UCUGUGUAGAAUAAUUUUGAUGCUUUGCACAUUACAAGCAAAUAUAAAUUAUUAAACAUUUAUAGUGGAAGCGAGUGCGAAUACUAUUGUACUACUCAUUUUACGUCAUAGAAAUAUAAAAAUUUGGCCGAAAGUAAUUUGUUUACUUUGGCGAGACAAGUGCGAUCGAUUAAUCGUAUAUAAUAUUAUUAAAAAUCGAUAACUGUUAAAUAAAGGGAACGUGACGUCAAACAUCGAGUAUACGAUGGAUAAAUAUUUUUACGCGAUCAUUUACGAAUUUCUUAAAAUUUUUCUUAACUCAAAGAAGAUCAAUCUAUCGAUCACCGAUAAUUCUUGACAAAUGUUAAAAAAUAGAGGAUAUUAAUUUAAUCAAAGUAGAAAAUGACAGAUGAUAACUUAAACUUUUCAUUCAAUUGGAAAGAUAAAAAUAAUUACAUACAAAAUCAUAACAAAGUAUGCAACAGCGCGACAACAUUAAAUCUAAAAUAUUCCAGUAAUUUCAGUGAAAGUGAUCCUACCGAAAAUCCAUCAUCAAUCGUGGAUUUAGGUGGACAAUUUCAGGAAAAAUUAAAAAGCUCAUCUUCCGGUUCAGAGUUUCGUUUUAUUAAUCCGGCUAUUUACGUGGAAUCUUUAAAUACUGAAGAUAACGAGAAAGAAACUACCACAAACAUCAGGAUAGGCAUUGAUCGUACCAACAACAAUACCAAAAUAUUAAAUAAUGGCGAUACAAAUGAUAGCCGAUUCGUUGAAUUUGAUAGCGGUGAUGGAAUCAAAAGAACAGCUGAUAUGUUAUCAACUUUGUCCUUGAAAAAAGCAAUGGUUUCAUCGAGGGGUGAUCUUACUACCGAUGAUAUUUCCUCACCAGAAACUUAUCGGUGUUACUUUUCUACGUCAAGUACAGCUGCUUCAUCUAUUAAUGCAUGUUCUGCUCGUCAUUCAGAACCUGUUGUUAACGUAAAACCAAUUUCUCAUCGGGUCGAAAGACGAUGUAAAAUUGUUAACGAUGAAAUUAUGAAAAAAGAUAAGCGAAGAUCAUUUUCUUCAAAUGACAUGGUCAUCGACAAGGAAAUGGAUCAACCAGAAGCACCAGUUCAAAGAUAUGUUUUAAAUGGUCAUCGAGUUGUACAUAUUUCAACGACAUCAAUUUCAAGCUCGAAUAUUUCUCAAACGGACGACAAACCUUUAAUGGCCAGAAAGAGUGCUCACGAGGAAUGGUUACGCAAGAAACAGUUCUAUCUUCAACGUAAGAAAGAAAAGGAGGAUAUGAUUAAAAAUAAAGAACGAGAGGAAGAAGAAAGAUUAGAACGGGAAAAGGAAGAAAAGGAGAGGAGGGAAAGAGAGAAUUUUGUCAAGUGGACUGAAAGGAAAAAGAAAGAAGAAGCGGAUAGAAAAGCAGCCCUUGAGAACGAAAUGAAAAUAGAAAAACAAUUGAAGGAAUUAGAGGAGAAAACGGUCAUUGCUAAAGCUUUGUGUCUGCGACAGUGGGCUCGUAAAAAAGAAGAGGAACAGAAGGCGCAUGAAAGAGCACUACAGUUGAAAGAACAACAAGAGGAAGAAGAACGAAAAAGGAGACAAGAGGAGAGUAUUAAAGCUUACGAAGAGUGGCGGGAGAAGUCGAAAAACCGACCUAAACCCGCGACACAAGGAUUAUUUCCAUAUCAAGCAGCAAAGCCAGGAUUUAUAAACCCAACUCCAUGGCAAAAACUCAUUGAAGACGAUUCUAAUGACGACCAAGAGGACGUUAAGAAGACUAAAAUAAAAAGAAAGCAAAAUAAAAGAAAAAAAUAAAUAAUUAAAAGAGAACAUUAACAAAAAUCUUGUUGAGAGAUUUAAUGACCGAUCCACAUCGAUUACGAUCUUGAUUAUCAUUUGUAAGAUUUUACAGUUUUAGAUGAAGGCGUACGGUUUUGUUUUUAUAAGUGUUGUAUUUUUAAAACGUGCAUAUGUGUCAGCCUUCUCGAUCAAUGGCUACAUUUGACAUUAACAUAAUAUCUCAGUUUAAUAUUUUUUAUUAAUAUUAUUUAAUAUGUUACACAUUCUGAUUGACGAUUGAUAUUCAUCUACUGUUCAAGUUUAAUUUCUUUUAUUUAAUUAAUUAUAAAUUAUAAUUCAUUAUACAAAAUAUACGAUAAAUGAGAUAUUUAUAGUUAAACCAAAUAGGAUGAAAAUAUAAUCGCAGGAAUUACAUUGGUAGACUAGAGGUACGUGCCCUCAUAAACUUAACAUCAUUAACUUUAAAUUAUUUCAAUUAAUAAUACGUUUGUUUUUAGCGGCACGAUCAUGAUAGUAUAUUAUUGCGUGGCAAUGCGCAAUAUAUAAAUACUACACACGUUCUAAUAAACUUGACAUGAUAGAGAGAAUACAUUUGUUAAUAGUAUCAUCUGUGAAUAAAAAUACAGUGCUUAUAAUUAGUAUAUUCUAUGAUUUUUUU